UUGUCUCAGUAAAGGCGCAGUCGGUUUGACUCGCGACGGAAAAUCGGAAAUGGAGAUUGGAUGUCUGUGGACGGGGAGGUUGUGGCUGGGAGCCAACUCCAUGCUCUCGAUUAAACCUUCGAAUUCAAUGGCAAUGAUUUCUAUGUCACUUCAACGUCAACGUAAUCAUACAUUCUGCUUCCCUCCUCUAAAGACGUCACAGCUGCCUAGUGUCUCUUCCUUCAUCUACCCUCACCGUCGUUGGGUCUCUAACACCUCCGCUUCGUAUUCUCCAGCUCCUCUUCUCUCCAUUGACGACAGCAACUGCUCUGACUUCGAAGAGGUAGAAUUGCAAAAACAAGGAUCACCCAGUGACUUCAAGGUGCUACUCAAAGGAAUGACAUAUGUUGAACUUGAAGAAUGGGUUAAGUCUAAGGGAUUUAGACCUGGACAAGCUAUGAUGCUAUGGAAGCGCCUCUAUGGGAACCAAGUUUGGACGAGUUGUGUCCAUGAAUUAGAAGGUCUGAACAAAGAUUUUAAGAAAAUGUUGAGUGAAACUGCUGAGCUGAAGGUGUUAUCUCUAAAAACUAUUUUAACAGCAUCUGAUGGAACUAGGAAGAUUUUAUUCACAUUAGAAGAUGGCCUGGUAAUUGAAACAGUUGUCAUACCUUGUGAUAGAGGCCGGAAUACAGUUUGCAUUUCAAGUCAGGUGGGAUGUGCCAUGAAUUGUCAGUUUUGCUACACUGGCAGGAUGGGACUGAGGAGAAAUCUGACCACGGCUGAGAUAGUUGAACAAGCUGUAUAUGCACGAUCUCUAUUAGCAAGUGAAGUUGGCUCCAUAACAAAUGUUGUAUUUAUGGGAAUGGGAGAGCCACUGCACAAUGUUGAUAAUGUAAUAAAAGCUGCCGAGAUUUUGGUGCAUGACCAGGGACUUCACUUCAGCCCUCGCAAGGUUACCAUUUCUACCAGUGGACUUGUCCCCCAGCUGAAACGUUUUCUCCGUGAAUCCAGUUGUGCUUUAGCUGUUAGUUUGAAUGCUACAACUGAUGAGGUAAGGAACUGGAUAAUGCCGAUCAACCGUAAGUAUAAACUAGGCUUGCUUCUCAAAACCCUUCGUGAGGAACUUUGCUCAAAGCACAACUACAAAGUUCUAUUUGAGUAUGUGAUGCUUGCAGGAGUUAAUGACAGCCUUGAGGAUGCGAAGAGGCUUAUUGAUCUUGUUCAGGGAAUUCCAUGUAAGAUCAAUCUCAUCUCGUUCAAUCCGCAUUGUGGAUCCCAAUUUAGACCAACAAGUGACGAGAAGAUGAUUGAAUUUCGAAAUAUUUUGGCUGAGGCUGGAUGUGUUGUUUUGUUGCGACCCAGUAGAGGUGACGAUCAGAUGGCAGCCUGUGGUCAACUUGGCAAACCUGGUCCUGUCCAGGCUCCCCUAUUUCGUGUUCCAGAGAAAUUCCAAAUGGCUGUAAAUGCAUCACCGCGAUAGCUUAAAUAAUGCAGCAGACUUGUCUAAGAUGAUAUGGAAGCCGUCUAUUGUGAAUUUGAUGAUUGGGACCUGUAAGCAUUGGUGAUAUCUUCUUAUAAUAUUGCUAUGAGAUUCAAUGUAACUGGUAUAGUUCAGAGAGUCUCCCUGAAGGAAGUGUGAAUAUCAUGACCACAACCAAUCUAGGGAACUGUGUAUGAGACGCCUAUGCAUCGUUUUGCAGUUGCAUUCUGUAGCAAUCUUCUUGUCUAGGCCUUUACUUGAGGUCAAUUUACUUCACUGUCAUCAUAGCAUGGCACGCCAGAGGCCUAGGAGUGUCGUCUGCUGGAGCUGGUUUUGGAGCUUGUCUUGUGACAAUCUAGGUUUUAGAUCUUAUGGCCUUAACUUUUCAUUGUUCUCUUUUUUUUCAUUAGACGUAUAAUUUAAGGAUUUUGAAAAUUUUAUAUUGCAAGCUUAUAGUUGAGUGUGAUUAUUAUCA